AUGUUGAUUAUUCUAUUUCUAAUUGCUUCAUGCACUUCCCACGUUGUCGGAACUGUUAGCGAAACUACUAGACAAGCAGUGCAGGAUGCGUUGUUUGAAGCUCUGCAAACUUUGAACUUGGUGACAGAGCCAUCGGUUUCGGAUGGAUCAGUUGUUGAUUCACAAGUUGCGAAUGAAGAUUCAAAAAAGAUGCAGUUCAAUGGAGAAGUUUUGGAGUUGGCUACUCAGAUAUUGGUCCAAAAGUACGGUGUUGGAAUUUUGGAAGAAGCAAAUGAGGUACUCCAGGAAAUGGCUGGAAAUGUCGGUUCAUCCGAGGAAAAUAAUGAUUCCUAA